AUGUUAGUCAGUGAUGGCGUGGAGGGUUCUGUACUGGAGGGUUUGGUUGCCAAACGGACUCAAUAUUCCGAAAACUGCAUCAAAACUCUCGAAACGAUUCCAAAAACUGGAAUCUGCAACGGCAGCUUUGACAUGUUUGUGUGUUGGCCCCAUUCUCCAGCCGGGAAGGUUUCUGUCCCGUGUCCCUCUUACCUACCGUGGAUCAAUAAUGACAGCUCCAGGAGUGUGCACCGGGAGUGUCUGGAGGACGGGAGCUGGCGUCGGAAGGAGAACUCCUCGGACCUCUGGAGGGACCAGUCCGAGUGCCAGGAGACAAACCCUUACAAAGAGGAGGCAGAUAUGGUGCCCCUUCAUAGUGCCCUCAGAGUGGUGUCCCUUGUGGGCUACUCCCUCUCCCUCUGCUCCCUCUCCCUGGCUACCCUCCUCAUGGCCUUGUUCAGGAAGCUGCACUGCACCAGGAACUACAUCCACAUGAACCUGUUUGGCUCCUUCAUCCUGAGAGCCCUGUCCGUCAUCCUGAAGGAGCUGCUCUUGCACAUCCUGUACAACAGGACGUUCACCGACGACGCAGGCUGGAAUUCCUACUACAACUCUGCGACGGCGGUGAUGUGCAGGGUGGCCCGGGUGGCCAUGGAGUACUUUGUGGCGUGCAACUACUUCUGGCUGCUGGUGGAGGCCAUCUUCCUUCACACGCUCCUCUUCACCGCCGUCCUCACCAAGAGACGCCUGCUGAAGAGAUACAUGUUCCUGGGAUGGGUGACUCCAGUGUUGUUCGUGACGCCAUGGACCGCGAUCAAGAUUCAGUACGAGAACAGAGGAUGCUGGGGUGAAAAUAAGAAUCCAGGGUUCUGGUGGAUUAUCCAGGGCCCGAUUACACUAGCUAUACUGAUCAUUUUCUUGAUCUUCAUCAAGAUCCUGAUGCUGCUCCUGUCCAAGCUUAAAGCAGAUCAGGGGAAGUUCACAGACUACAGAUACAGCUUGCUGCGCGCUACGCUGAUCCUGUUUGCUCUGCUGGGCAUCCACGAGGUGGUGUUCACCGUGCUGUAUGCUGAGUGCUUGGAUGGGAACGCUCUCUACGCUAGGAACUUCAUCAAUCUCACGCUCUGCUCCUUCCAGGGGUUUGUGGUUGCUGUGUUGUACUGCUUCGCCAAUGGAGAGGUCCAAGCAGAGCUGAAGAAACGCUGGCAGCUUUUCCUCUUCACCAACCGCUUCCAGUUCAGGAGCUGCCUCCGGGCCAUGCCCCUCAAGCACCUGUGGAAGUGCUCCAGGGGGCGCGGCCCGCACCACUCCCAGCAGCAGAGCGAAUCGUGCGACGAGGGGGGCGGGGCUUCCACCUCCACCACCACCUCGUCCAUAAACCCCCACCUGCUGCAGGUGGCCGUCCACGGCGGCUGCGGGUCCCCCUCGUCCUUAGAGGGCGAGGUCAAAGGGCAGAGGGCGCACAGGUUAAGCUGCAAGAGGCCGUCCAGCAGCGACGUAGAGAUGACCCAGGGAGAGACACUGGAGGAGAUUAUGGAGGAGGAGGUGUCGUUCUGAAGCCUCCGUCACCAUCUUUGUACAGCCAACACCGCCCGUAUAGACACAUCCCCGCAUCCUGAUGGAGGUCGUCAUGAGUUCCCGUUGCGUUUCUCUCCGCUGGUCCGUCUGGCCUAGAGCCCCACUGGAAGGAUCUCUGAAAACGAUCCCGACACUGAGGAUGAUGGACUCAUCAGGGCUAGGCGGAGAAUCGGUUCAUGAGGAAGCGAGGAGUGCCGCCGUUUGCAAAAUUUUCCAAAACAAUGGCGCUGGCCGAGAACAGGGAGGAUGGAGCGAAUAACGAUGUUUAAAGAUGAGCGUCCAUUUGCACGGAAGGCUUCUCUCAGAGGAGGAAAACAGUAGGUGCGUUUCCAACCCCCUAAUUUAAUGCAAACUUUGAAGUAUCGAAUCAGUAAACGGUGAUGGAAACACCAAAAUUCGCAUCAAAAUCCUCCAAUUCGCAAAAAAGUUUAUCCGCUCGCUUGAGGUGGUUUUUGAGAAAUGAGAAACAGAGUAAAUUCGCAAAAUGGGAGAUGGAAACACAUUUUGCGAAUCAGCUGUGACGUAGCGAACUUUGAACACACAGGACUGACAGUCUUUCCGAUUUCCUCAUAACGACCGGCCAUAGCAACCCUGCCGACAUCAACGUGUAACGUCAUCACCCUAUUCCGCUCCAACCACUUGAUGGAAACGCACCUAAUUCGAAUCACUUUUUUGCGAACUUUCUAAAGAUUCGCAUCACCUUUUAGAUGGAAACGCAGCUAAUGAUACAUUCCUACUAAUAGCAGAAACCCUUCGUGUUGUGUCCGAACCUCCAGCGGGAAAAAUUAAUGGAAAGAUGUUAAAAGUGUCUAUUAUCGCUUAAUAUAUGUCUUGCAAUGUGAAGCCAGUCAAAAAUAAUAAUCUGUACAUCAAUAGAUAUGGAUUGAUCAUAUAUGAAUACAAUGUAUUUGUCUUUUUUGGAAAAAUUGUGAAUAUGUAAAAACAAUCAAUAUAAGUACAGAAUAUGUGUUGCAAAUGUCACAUGCUUAUGUAUAUUUUAUACGUAUAUAUGUAUGGAUGUGUGUUUGUGUGUAUAUUGAAGGCAUUUUGUGAAGAAGUUAGACGAUAUCUUGUAUUUCCAGUUAUGUCCUGUGUAGCUUACGGCAAAAACCAACCUUGUCUGGGAUGUAUCAAUGUGCAAAAAUCAAAUAAAAGAACCAUGUCAGUUGCUACCAAGAACCAUUACUGUCUAACAAUAAAGCAUUUACAGGCAUUUAAUCCAAUCUACAUGUCUUCUAUGGUGAGGAGGAGCAUGAAUAUCAAAUGAAUGUCGAGCGGUCUAUACCAACUAGU